AUGGAGAAGUUAUUAAAAAGAGUUGACGCUACCAACUCUGGAGUGACCACUAUGAAUAGUGAUUUGUCUUCUAUGAGUCAGUUGGUAAAUUCACACUCAACUUCUAUCAAACAAUUAGAGAAGCAAAUGAGCCAACUCUCAGCAGCAUUGAAUCAGAAGAAGUGCAAAAAAUUUCCAAGCAAUAUAGUUCAUAAUCCUCGUAAUAAUAGCUCUUGCAUGACAGUUACCAAACAGAGUGGUAAGGUAUUACCAGGCCCUUCUGUGGGAAAUGUUGUGAUCGAAGAGGAUGUUGAGCAUAAAGAAAGUUAUCUAGUAGACUCUGAGAAACUUGAUGGUAUUGAUAUUUCUUUUAAUCAUCAGCAUGUUGAUGAGUUAGAAAAAAGAAAAGAUAAGGAGAAGGAAGCAGCAUUGACUACUCUCCCAAAACUACUGCCUUCCUUUCCCCAUAGAUUGAAAAAGAAGGCCGAUAAUACAAAGUUUAGUAAAUUCAUGGCAAUGUUGAAGCAACUGACUGUGAAUGUGUCUUUGGUGGAGGCACUUGAGAAGAUGUCAGGAUAUAUGAAAUUUAUGAAGGAUCUUGUGAUGAAGAAGAGAGAAGUAUGCUACGAACCAGUGGAUAAUCUCCACCACUGUAGUGCUAUUUCUACAAGAUCCUUGGUGCAGAAAAAGGUAGACCCAGGAUCAUUCACCAUCCCUUGUACUAUUGGGUCUCUAGACUCUGCUAUGGCCUUAUGUGAUCUGGGAGCGAGCAUUAUUCUGAUGCCGCUAGUUGUUAAUAAAAAUCUAUGUUUGGGGGAUCCUAUACCCACAAACAUGUGA